CUCCUCACUCACGGAUCUAACUCUGAAACCGCUUUACCGGACUCUGCAGGACCUCCGUACCGAUCUGGAUUACCGCUCGUUGGGACUCUGUUCCGGGAUUUUAACUGCAGCCUCCUCGCGCUGUGGAUACUUUCUUCUGAUCCUGGAUUUUGUGGAUUAUUUAACCGACUUCAACAUGACUCUGGAAGAGUUCAUCGGCUCCAACAGCACAGAGAAAAGGAUGGAGACGGUGACUCAGGCUCUGGAGGAGCUGCUGGUCGCGGCUCAGAAGCAGGACUCUCUCACGGUGGGGGUCUACGAGUCCGCCAAACUCAUGAAUGUAGACCCGGACAGCGUGGUCCUGUGCGUCCUCGCCACCGAUGAGGAGGAUGAAGACGACAUCGCGCUGCAGAUCCACUUCACGCUGCUUCAGGCGUUCUGCUGCGACAACGACAUCAACAUCCUGCGGGUGUCCGGUGUCCGGCGUCUGUCCGCGCUGCUGGAGGACGACACUGGGGACGGGAACGGGAAUGAGCCCCGGGACCUGCACUGCAUCCUGGUCACUAACCCUCCGGUGCAGCCGCUGCAGUCUCCGGCCCUGCAGAACAUCAGCAGCUUCUGUGAGGAGAGCCGCUGCAGGAACCAGUGGGUUCCGUGUCUGCAGAUGCAGGACCGCUGAGCCGAACCGGGCCGAGCCGAACCGAGUCAGACCGCUGCAGGAGCGGUGAGAACGAGUGCAAACAGUCCAGACGGCCGAGCGUCCUUCUGCUGAAGACGAGUAACGGUGUUUGAGUGGAGAGACGGACCGGACCGGACCGGACCGGACCAGGGUCUUCUGAUGCCCACGUGUUUCAUUGAGUUGGCCAUGAGGCGCGUGUGGUACCGGUACCGGACGGCCUCCCGUUAGAGGACGGGAGGACUGUGCAGGUGGACUCUGCGGGUCCUGAAUCUGCAGAGCGGGGACGUUUUUGUUAUGACACGUCACGUGAGUGACAACAGCUGUGAUGUCACGUGACUACUGAACCGACAAGAGAACGAACUGAGGAGCUGCACAUGAAGCUCCGGACUACCUGAGCUGCAGGUGUUUCUGCUCACCUGUCCGUGACGUAACCGGAUGUGUGACGACAUGUUUUUAUGAUGCCCUGUUAUUAGUGACGCAAUGGAGUUCCACAUGAGUAUUCAUAUAUGAGCUGCUUAUUUAAGACAUUCAAUAAAUGAUUGAAGGAGAAAUUAUUGAUUUCUGAGUGGUUCGUGUGUGAGAGAGAGAGUGUGAG